AGAAAGAGUGUGCGGACCAUAUGCUGUGAUGUCACCCUCAAUGAGCUGUUGAUACGAUUCGCACAGGCGUCCAACAGUUCUCCACUCCUGCAUCACAUUUCGGCCAACCGUCGGAGAUACCCGAGUGCUGCGUCAUGAGAGUCGCUGCACUUGGGGUAGGUACAGCGACCAUGGGCGGCGGCGCACUCAGGGAAGCCACGACGCUCGGCCAAAAUUGAGAAGCAUCCAUCCAUCCAUCCAGUGGGCAAAGAGAGAGAGAGGGCGGGGGGAGACACCAAUCACACACACACCACCACACCACCACUCAUACAAGAUGGCCGGCCACGUGUGGUCGCCUCGCGCACACGGGCAUUGGCACAGGCACCAGAGGGCAUCUCAUCUGCCUAGACAAAAUCACACACAAAUAUAGAGUGAGUUAUCGACAUAACACACCACCGACAGUCAGUCAGGCCCCCCCGCCCCAUCUCACGACGAAAAUCAUGCUCCCCCUGUCGUCUUCCUCUCUCCUGCUGCUACUGCUACUACUACUGCUGCUUCUGACCGGCCCGCCGCUGCUGUAGUACACGAGCUUGCCGUCCGUCGCACUCAUCAGCGGCGGCACGUAUGAGCCCAUCUCCAGUGCAAUCCGAUACAGCGGUUUCUGACGCACGGUCGUCCCCACAUACCCAUACCCAUAACCCCCUUUCCUCCCUCUCUGCCUCGCUCCCGUCGUCUGCUUCUGCUUCUCCUUCUCCGGAGGACACACCGAGGCGAGCAGAUCCUCCUUCUCACUCCCCCGUCCAUCACUGCCCGGCCAGAUCUCUGCCGUGAGCACCGACCCCUGCCGCGCCAAAAUGACGAGCACUCCGUGCAGAGGGUUGCCGAGACAGUCCUCAAGGAAGGUGCGCGACGGAUCUGCCGACCGCAGGAUGAUGCGCCCCGCGCUGUCGAUGGUUGUGACCAGUGGGGAGGGGAGGGAGGGGGAGGGGCGGGAGGGUGGUGAUGGCUGGGAGAGGGGAGGGGGUGGGGGUCGGGGUGGGGGAGAAGGGGUGGUGGUGGUGGUUAUGGUGGUGGUGGUGGUGGCGCGGGUGUGUGUGGGGAGGUGCUCGUCAAGGUCGAUGUACUGCAAUCGAACGGGAAGCAAGCCGCUGUCAUUCACGACACAACCUGACACAAACAUAGGCAGAGAGAGAGAGAGAGAGAUGAUUCUCCCAUACCUUCCACCACCCCUCUUUAUGCCUCUCCUCUGUCUGCCUACCGGUGAUGCAUUUGGUCGGGAGGGUGUUCCGCACCCACGUGGGCAUGCUGCCAGUGGCCGCCAUGCGGUGCAGCUCAGCACGGCACUUGGACGCGGUGCACGCGAAGAAUGACGGCAGGUAGUGCCCGCGGAGAGGCGCAUAACCGGACAGCCAGCACGACUGCACCACACACACACACACAUGGCGAAUGCCAUCCAUCCAUCCAUCCAUCCAUUGUGCUUUCUUGCCUUUAGUCUGAGCACUGGUGAGGGGACUUUGUCCCGCUCUUGGCACGAGAACACCAGGACCUCCUCGUACUUGGGCAGCGCCACCAGCAGGAAAGGCUUGUAGGCGUGGAAGCCCAUCGACACGCCCCGGAAGCCGAGCGCAGUCGGGAUGGCGUGACGAUUCGCGAACGUCAGAGGGCCCAGCAAACGGCCUGCACACACGUGAAGACGUGAACACGCGAAGGCGGCGUCGGCCGAUGCUUCCUUCUGCCUGGCGCACCAUGUGUGUCGAACACUCUAAGAGUCCCAUCUUCGCAGCAUGAGGCCAUCAGGCCGUCUCGCGCUUCACCGAGCUGGUUGCCGGGGUGGAUCUCCACCUUCUUGACAGUAAUGCUCUCGUUCACGUUUAUAGAGCGACCAACGCCACCGCCGAUUGCGCCCGUUGGAUCCGCAGACGCCGACGCAGAGGAGGAAAAAAUACCCCUCGGGCUAUGAUUGACGACACACACCCACGGCCCCACAUAUUGCGACGAGUGCUGUGCUCCAUCCAUCCAUCCAUCCAUGCAUCCAUCCAUCCAUCGUGGUCACUCACUCGGUGUAGCUGCAGUAGUUGGCGUAGAAGGCGAGCCACUCGGCGGCACUUGUUGCCGGGAGGGCGUUGCGCGGGACGAUGGGAGGGGGACGGUCGUGUGUGACGUGCCGCACGAAGGCCCACUCCUGCAGAGAGGCCGAGUCGAGCGGCAGGUGGGUGGGCACGCGAAACACCAGCACCACCUGACACAUGGAUGGAUGGAUGGAUGGGGAGAUCGACUGUGUGUUGGUGUCUUCUUACCGUGGCGAUGGCAGCGAUGAGCAGCCGGCCGUCGUAAGACAUGUCCUCCACCUGAACGCGCCAGAGAAAGACACACACAUGGACCCACAAUGAUACAUCUGUGUGGCGUCUCGGUGUGUCUUCGUUUCGUUUGUGUACGGACUUCUUCCUCUGCGAGAUGGUCCAGCACCGGCGGCAGUGGGUGCACCAGCUGCCGCCAACUCCUGUCCCCACUGCCGCCCGAGUAAGCCUGCAGGCAACACAACACAACACACCACACCACGACACACACACACAAGAAAGAAUUCGGUCUCCACUUGCUUCUCUUCGUUGCUGCACCCGCGCCCACCCACCCCGCGGACCCUUUGGUAAACGUUGUUUGUGACCCAGAGGCCCGCUAGACACGCAGAGGGGCGCAUCAAUGAGGAGGGGCAGGGGUGGGAGACGUCGGCACUUGACGAGCUGCUGCUGCUGCUGGUAGCGGAAGCCGGCGGCGGCGCAGAGAUGGAGGGGCUGCUCACGCUCCGCUGAAGACACACAAAUGCACAUAAACACAGAGAUACCGACGCAUGAGCAUUGAGAAGAGAGUUUCUGUAUCGUCCCACCUGCUGGUGCUGGCGCUGGUGUGGCCUGGGUGGGCGCCCCGGUCUCCUGCCCGGCUGUGGCUCGUUCAUGGCCCACACAGAGAUCUUGCACCCCUGAUGGCCGAGAGCGACGUACUGGCCGUCGAGGGCAGACACCGAUGUGACGUGGUUGUGCUGCAAACCGGCCCGGAGGAAGCCAUGUUGCAGGGAGUACCCUGUGCACACACAACAGACAGAGAGAGGCGGUAGAUGGGUGGCACCAUCGGCCGCCCCCAACACACACACACACACACACACACCUGUGUGUGAGAACCGCCCCUGCCUGCACGCCUCGCGCAUCUGAUUGGUCGACAGACAGGCAGACAGACAGACAGACACACACACAUAGAGAUAGAAGAUACUCAUGCAGUCUCUCUGUCUCUCCCCGUCUCUCUGUCUGGGCACCUCACUGUCUGUGUGUACCUGUGCAGCUCUUCUCAGCAGCGCCCGACAGUCCACAUGGCGGUCGUCAUCAGACUCAUGAUCUGUCUGAGCCGGGCCGUCAUAAUCAUAAUGCAGGUGGGCGAUGGUCAGCCAGAAGUUGGCGUUGUCGAAGAUGUUUAGACACCAAUCCUGCAAAGCAGAACAUGACAAACACACAGAGAUGGGAUGAUGGGAUAGGUCUGAUAGGUGCAGCCCAUCUUUGUAUGUGUUGACCUUGCAGACGAGCUGCAGCCUGAGCAGCUGCGGCGGCCUGAGGUAGCUGAGCAUGCCCACCAUCAUUUCACGCGGCAGAGGAAGCUCUGAACGCACCCACACAGAGGGAGGUAGGGAGGUGACAACAGACCGCUCUUGUUUGUGUGCUCACGGUCCUUGACUUGCUGCAGUCCGCCCGGCCCGUUGCCGUCAUUGUCAUUGUCAUGGUCACCCUCUUCCGCCCUCUCCUCCUCUCCCCUCCUGCGAUACCUCUCACGCCACCUCUCGUCAGCACCACCAUAACCAAUGCCACCAGCACCAGUUAUUGGUGGUUGCACUCCUGUCAUCUCCGUAUCCAUCUCUGUUAAUACUUCAGCGCCUUCUCUGCAUUCAUCGGGCCCGUCGCUGCCGCCCUCGCCCUCUCGCGUCCCUCUCCGUGUCGUCGACGCGCGUCGCACUGUCGACGAAGGAAGACAGUUACGAAGAGCGGCAAGAAAGGAGCUGCCGCUCGAUGGAGCUGCUGAGUCGAAGCUGCCGUACGGCGACGCCAUUGGCAGUGUGUCCGGUCAGUCAACGGUGAACCAUCGAAAUCUCACCGUGACCAAGGAAGGCGAC